AUGCCGUUUUCUCACCACAGCCACUCAGGCCAAUUCUGCCCUGGCCAUGCACAAGACUCCCUGGAGGAGGUCAUCCAAACAGCGAUUUCCAAGAAAAUGCAAGUGUUCUGCCUAACAGAGCACAUGCCUCGCCACAAAGAAGACUUCUACCCCGAAGAGAUCGAAGUCGGCCAAACAGAAGCCUGGCACGAAUCCAACGAAGCCGCUUACUGGGAAGAAGCGCAACGACUCCGCACAAAAUACGCCUCCCAAAUCAAAAUCAUCAUCGGCUUCGAAUGCGACUGGAUCCGUCCUGAGUCUAAAGAUCUCAUCAAUCGCUCGCUAUCUCGGUUCCCCUUUGAGUUCUUCAUUGGCUCUAUCCACCACAUGCACACUGUUCCCAUUGACUUUGAUCGACCGAUGUACGAGCGUGCGCGGGAACUUGCUGGCGGGACGGACGAGCGCUUGUUCGAGGACUAUUUCGACGCACAACUAGACAUGCUGAAGGAAUUGAAGCCACUGGUUGUAGGUCAUUUUGAUCUUAUUCGGCUUAAGAGCGAUGACAUGGAGCGCAGUUUCAAGACAUGGCCUGGUGUUUGGAGUCGGAUUCUAAGGAAUCUGGAUUUCGUUGCUUCCUAUGGGGGUAUGUUGGAGCUCAAUGGAGCUGCUUUAAGGAAGGGGAUGAGUGAGCCGUAUCCCAAAGCUGAGAUUUGCAAGGAGUUCAUAGCACGCGGAGGUCGCUUCUGUCUUUCAGAUGACAGUCAUGGCGUCGACCAAGUCAGUCUGAACUUCCACCGUGUACUGGAAUUCUUAGAUCACACCGGCAUUUCGCAGCUGCACUACCUGCAGUUAGCGGAAACACCAGCUCAAGCCACAGCGGCCGAUGCGCGAUUUCCGCGUACACAAAUCGCGUCAGUGUCCCUGGAGGAGCUGAAAAAUAUGGAAUUUUGGGGCAAUGUAUAG